AUGAGCAUUGUUGGCGAACCUUCUCUGAUAAUAUCAUACAUGGACAACAGUAAUGAACUAGGGAAAUGGUUGAAAAUGUUUUUUGGUUUGGCAUUUAUUUCCUCAGAAGAAGUAGUUGAUGCAUUUCACGAGUUAAUAUCAAUUUGUCCAAAUGAUGACGGUUUUAUAUUUUCUGACUACAUUCUACACAAUUUUAUUGAAAAUACUUGCCAAUUUCCGCCAAAUAUUUGGGCUGAAAUUCCUUCGCCAAACCCAAGAACGACCAAUGCAGCCGAAAGCUUUCGUCGCACGUACAAUUUGCAGUUUUAUUCACCUCAUCCUCAUGUCCAUGCAGUCGUUAGCGUGUUGAUCGAAACACAGACAGAAACGUUGACUAAGAUGAAAUAAAUCCAACAGUCGUGUUUUAGCCCUUGAAAACUUACCUGCUCGUUGAGUCGCAUUGGUUUUUUAAUUUAACUCAAAAGUUUUAAUUUUAAUUUUCAAAUAUCAUUACAUAAAUAGUUUUAACCCUUUGUCGACCAGACAUAGAAUUAAAAUUAUUUUCCCAUUUUUUUUGCAUAAAAUAAUUAUAAUUGACCUAUUAAUAAAUAAGUGGACCUUUUUAAAAAAAUUGUUUAGCCCAAAUUUGAGUUAAGUACUUGGUACUUAGAAGUACAGUUGGUCAGUUUAACAUUUUGAUCCUGGUACUUAAAUGUACCGUUGGUCAUUUAUCACAUUAUUUUUUACAUACAAACUAUACAAAUCAAAAAACUAUUUUUGCUAGAUUAUUUUUUAAAAUUGUAAUAUUAUGUUUAAGAUCUAAAUAAUACAAAUUUAUCAAAGUAUGUAUAUACGUCUGUAAUUGCCUGAUGAGCUCCAAUUUCAAAAUCAACAUGAAAUGUGUUAAUUUGCAAAUUUUUUCCGCAUAAUUUUAAACAUAAAUUAUUUAAAAAUUGCCACAUUUUAACAUAAGUAGACCUAGUUUUAUUUUGUAAAAAUAGUAAACAAGUACCAA